AUGGCAUCUUAUGCUCUAGAGACUCCGGUUACAACGCCUCUCUGGUAUAUCAGUUUGUUUGGAGUUGGAGCGAUCAUCAUGAGAGGUGCAGGGUGCACAAUCAAUGAUAUGUGGGAUAGACAUCUGGACAAGUCUGUUGCUAGGACGAAAGAGCGACCCUUAGCCAACGGUGCUAUUUCCACGUCUCAAGCCGUCGGGUUCUUAGGUCUGCAGCUCUCCGCAGGUCUGGCAGUACUCACGCAGCUGAAUUGGUACAGCAUUCUACUCGGUGCUUCCUCCUUGUCUGUAGUAUGCGUAUACCCGUUCAUGAAACGCGUCACAUACUGGCCGCAAGCUGUUCUGGGACUUGCGUUCAACUGGGGAGCACUUCUCGGCUGGUCUGCUGUUGCAGGCUCGGUAAAUUGGAGUGUUUGUCUACCCCUGUACGCUGGAGGUAUCUGUUGGACACUUGUAUAUGAUAGUAUUUAUGCGCAUCAGGACAAGACCGAUGACGUUCGGGUGGGAAUCCGUUCGACUGCUCUGCUAUUCGGCGAAAACACUCGCCCGAUUCUUGGCGCUCUUUCGACUUCUACGUUGUCGUUGAUAACCUUCGCUGGUUACAUGAACGAUCACGGUCCGCUCUUCUAUACGGGAACUGGUCUAGCAGCGCUUCAGCUUGCUCGAGUACUCAUACGGACAGAUUUCGAUGACCAUUCCAGUUGCUGGAAGGGAUUUGUCGGAUGCGAGAUGCUCCGUGUCGUCCUAUUCCUUCUCCAGGCUGUCAUUGCUGCGCCCGUUUCUGUGAUCAGUGACUUUGUGGAGAAUGAUCCUGGGUGGUCUCCCGUCUUCUGGUAUAAACUUAUCGUUAGCUCUGGACUAGUCCUAGCUGGCGGUGUAUUCGCUGGGUUGACUCUAGCGUUGAUGGGACUGGAUGACCUCCAUCUUCGUGUAUUAGCUGCGUCAUCCGAUGAUCUAGAGGAACGGGCCAAUGCACGAAAAGUUUUGAGUCUCCUUUCGUAUGGCCGCCAUUGGGUGCUCGUGGUUUUGUUGCUCAGUAAUGUAAUUGUAAACGAAAGUCUCCCGGUCUUCCUCGAUAGUGCCCUCGGUGGAGGUCUCGCGGCCGUAAUCAUAUCUACUACAACAAUUGUCAUAUUCGGAAUCAUACCACAAGCUGUCUGUGUCCGGUAUGGGCUCUCGAUUGGUGCGAAGUGUGCGCCCAUGGUUCUGGUGAUGAUGUAUCUCUUAGCGCCAGUCGCCUACCCGGUCGCGCGGCUGCUCGAUCGUGUUCUUGGCGAAGCAGAAUUGCACACCUACAAGAAGGCUGAACUCAAGUCUCUUUUGGCGCUGCAUCGUCAGGGUAAGGAGCCCCUGAAGGAUGAUGAGUGGAGGAUCUUGAAUGGGGUAUUAGAGCUGAGCAACAAGAAAGUGGAAGAGUUGAUGACACCUAUGGCGGACGUCGUAGCAAUCAGCGGGGACACGGUCCUUGAUCACCAGACUGUCAAUCAACUACUUCGAAGCGGAUAUUCACGCAUACCUGUGUACUAUCCCGGCAAACCCAUGGCAUUCAUGGGGCUGCUGCUCGUGAAGAAUCUCUCCACUUAUGAUCCUUCGGAAGCACUUCCUGCAUCCAGCUUCCCUCUGUCUAUCCUUCCGGAAGCACAUCCAUCUAUCGACUGUUUUCGGGCGUUGGAUUAUUUCCAAAUCGGUCGUGCACAUCUGUUACUGCUGAGUAACACCCCCGGCAAGGAAGGCGGGGCACUAGGUGUUCUCACUUUAGAAGAUGUUAUUGAGGAAAUAUUGUCGACUGAGAUCGUGGACGAGACAGACCGUUACGAAGAUAACCACAGCAAGCGACGUGCUAAGCGUUCGUUCGAUUUGGCGGUGAUGCGUGGAAUUGUGGAAUACCACUUAAACCGCGGGGCUGCACUUUCAAUGUCGGCCUUGUCGCCGACAAAUGACAUCACGCUCCUCGGUCCCAGUCGCCAGUCGAGUAUGGAUUGGGACCGCGCUACUGAAGGCAAAAAUAUUGGUGGCACGACCUCUGGAGUUGUAUAG